AUGGCGCUGGCGUUGCGCCCUUGCAGCGCGCCCUGCGCCCUGUCCGCCCUCUUCCUGGCGCUGGUGGGCUGGCUGGGCUCGCACCCGGGCCCGCCGCCGGCGCACUGCCCCCUCGACAGGCAGUACGACUUCAUCGUGGUGGGCGCCGGCUCCGCGGGCUGCGUCGUCGCCAGCAGGCUCAGCGAGGUCGCCCAUUGGAAGGUGACCGUCAGGCCACGCACUUGCCUUGUGGGCCCAGGGCGCGUACGCGCUGGCGUUGUGCUUUUAACAGCUACGUUACUACUUCUUACCGGUGCUGGUGCGGAGGCGGGCGGCGAGGCGGCGCGUGGGCGCAGGUGCCGGGCUUUCGCGGCGCGCGCCGCCGCCGCGCACCUCAGCGCCCCCACUGGGGCUUCCGCGUGA